GCUGUGCCCGCCAUGUUGGGCGGCCAGCUCCAGGAGGGGACACGUCAGUAUCGCUGGUGACGUUAUAGGUCCCGAACGGGCCCGCAGGCGUGCGAUUGGCUGUAGCGGCACUGACGCGUCGCGAUUCCUCGCCUACCGGGCACGUUCCUGGGAGUGCGUUCUCUUUUCCGCUUGGCAGAGAACCGAGAAUGGCGGCGACGGCGUCUCUUGGCGUCCUGGCGCUGCUCCUGCUGUGCGGCCUGACUUGCUGCUCAGAGGCCUGCAUGGAGCCCCAGAUCACCCCCUCCUACUACACCACCUCGGAUGCCGUCAUUUCUACGGAAACAGUCUUCAUCGUGGAAAUCUUGCUGAUGUGCAAGAACAGGGUCCAGCAGAACAUGGCUCUUUAUGCUGAUGUCAGUGGAAAGCAGUUCCCUGUCACCCGGGGCCAGGAUGUGGGCCGCUAUCAGGUAUCCUGGAGCAUGGACCACAAGAGCGCCCAUGCGGGCACCUACGAGGUCAGAUUCUUCGACGAGGAGUCCUACAGCCUCCUGAGGAAGGCACAGAGAAACAAUGAGGACAUCUCCGCCAUCCCAUCGCUCUUCACGGUCAGCGUGGACCAUCGGGGCACCUGGAAUGGGCCCUGGGUCUCUACAGAGGUGCUGGCUGCAGUCAUUGGCCUCAUCGUCUACUACCUGGCCUUCAGCGCCAAGAGCAACAUCCAGUCCUGACGGGGGCCCAGCCUCCCUUGCUUCUUUCAAUAAAUAGCGUUCAGCUGGCA